UAAGAACAACACGGAGGAACGAUUAAGCAGGAACUUACGUGAUGCAAUCGAUGAUGGGGCAUACCGACAGGCAAAGCGUGCAACCCGUGCAGUCGUCGGUCACCUUUGGAAUGUGAGUAUCCGGAUCGAAGUGUAUCGCUUGGUAGCCGGAAUCGGCGCAAGCCAUGUAACACUUUCCACAAUUUAUACACAUAUCCUGACACAUACGAAAUAACCAGCGUCAGUGAAGAAGAUCAACGAACUCGAUUUCCUUUGGUAAUCGAAACUUACAUCGUCUAUCAGCGCUACCACUUGCCGUUUGUUAUCCAGCUCUUUAAACGUCCCGAUGUGACUCAAAGCUUUGCCGAUCACGUCUUUUAUACAAGGUAUGGGCGCGACCGGUUUCGGGACAGGCCUCGUAGCUGCCACCGGCUGAUCGAGCGGAUCCGAGUUCGCUUUAAUCUCGGCGAUCUUCUGCUCGCGCAGCCUUUGAUACUCCCCGAAGUAAGGUACAUUCUACAGCAGGAAUGAGGUAUCACGAAACCGAUUUCGAUUGACAGGGAAAUGAUACUCACUUUGCCGAGAGCGUGCUGCAGGGAAACCGGUUUUCCCUUUUGGUGCUUAAAGGUCGGCGGACUCUGGCCGUCCCAAUCCUUCACCUGUUUCAGGCUCUUUAAGUACAGCAGUGUCUUCAAGCCGGUUACGUAGUCAUCGAUUAAAGUGAAAUCUUGAUUUUGUAUGGCGCUGCAGACCUAAUCAGGUGUUGUCCAAUAGGAAAGAGUGUCUAUGUAACGGUACUACCGCUCGUUGCAGAGAACCUGGCACUCGUGACGUCAUAUGGGCGGGGACAGUCGCUCCAGGAACUCCAAUCGCGAGUCUGGGAACGGAUCCUCAAGUUCUUUGUCGCGUGAUUCGACUAGUGUGCGUGAAUACCUCAGCGAAUCGUAUAUCAGAAUCGAAAAUCCGCGUGAGCAAGGCGUGCGCUUUCGAAUCUGACCACUCAGACGAGAGUGCCAGGUUCCCUGCAACGUAUAAAAUUCGAACAGCUCGGCGACUCACCUGCAAAACGGAUGCGCCGCAGUGAAGAAACUGAAGAGCCACGUCCGCGGAAUCGAUGCCGCCGAUCCCGAGUAUCGGGAACCCUGGGAGAACCUUCGCGAUGGAGGACACUGCCCGCAGUGCCUGAGGUCUGGUCGAGUUUCCCGACAUGCCCCCGUACGUGGUGGCUUUCUGGAUACCAACGGCUGGCCAGGGUGUCCCGUCGGCGUAUAAGCCCAUCAAGCCUUGCACGGUGUUUAUCGCGGACACGCCGUCGGCUUGGCCUGAAGCAAAGCGUUUCGACAUUCUCGAUACCUUCUUUUUACUGUUGUUACAAAGAUAGAUAAUUCUCGGAGGAAUUACUGAAUCGUGAAUCAAUAAAAAUGUCAAUACACCGGUACCAAGCAUUUGAUUGAACAGAAACAAACUCGAACGGUACCUUCGUAGGCCGCUUUCGCGAUGGAGACGAUAUCGGUAAUGUUCGGCGUCAAUUUCACGAAGAACGGUAUUUUAACAGCUUCGCGCAGCCACCUGGAAAUGUUUCUCACCAAUUCAGGAUCCUGAAACGCGACGACGGCCGUGAUAGUGUUCGACGGAAUGGAAAUACAAUUUACGAUUAUAAUUAUACUUGUCCGCAAGCUAGUCCCAUCCCCGACUCUCCCAUUCCAUGUGGGCACGACAGAUUCAAUUCCAGGGCGUCAGACCCAGCUGCUUCAGCCAUUUGGGCGAGCUCCGUCCAAUCCGCUUUGUUAUAUGUACACAUGAUGCUAGCUAUGACGAUCUGUCAAUGAACAGACUCUAUCAUUACGAGGACUAGUCCGAAAGCUUCGAGCUAAUCGAAGGAACCAUUGCAUGUUACUUUCGAACCUUCGUCGGGAAGUCUCUCUUCAAUUCCGUGAUACUCUGGCACCAGUAGGCCGCCGAUUUCUCGGAUAUCAGCUCGAUAUUCAGGAAACUGCCUUGCUCGGGGCCGUAAUGAUGCCUCGAAGUGGUGCCUUUAAUUAUCCUCGGCGACACGUUCGUGACGAGGUCCUGGAAAAUCGUAUCGUCGGGAUAUCUCGGAGGGAAACCAUUCGUUUCUACGAUGAACAGCUCUUACCUUAUCCAGGGAGAAUGUCUUCGUGACGACGAAACCCCAGCCUGCCUCGAAGGCUCGUCUGAUCAUGGCGGUCGAGGUGCAAGGCGGCGCGGAGGCGAGGCCGAAAGGAUUUUCGAACUUCAUCCCGCACAUCUCGACCGACAGGUCGACGUCGUCGAUCGGAGUAUGGAAUUUCGGUAGCUGAGGAGUCUCAGGCACCUCCAGACCGUUAGCAUUCUAAAGGUAAAUCAACGGUGUUAUCGGUUUGCGCGUUGAAACGAGUGAAAACUGCGGUCGAAAAUGUUGGCACUCUGUUGCAUCGACGGCAUUUAAUUCGGUUAUAGCGAAAAUUGUUAACGCUAGAUUUACGAAACCUAGUGUUAAAGAAAGUAGGCAUUGUCGGAACUGUAACCUGAAUGAACUUGUGAAGAUACCAAGCCGCCGUCUUGCCAUCGUUGACAGACUCGACGGUGGUCUGCGCGGUGCCGGCCAGGUCUCCGCCGCAGAAGACGCCGGGCACGGACGUGCUCAUAGUCUCCGCGUCCACUUCCGGUAAGUUCCAUUUGUUCAUCUUAACGGGCGCCAUUGCUCUCACCACUGAGACAGAAAGAUCCCAUGGAACUUACUCCAGAAGGAGUUCUCGACUACAAUCUGUACCGUGCGCUCACCGCUAGGAUCUUGCAGCCCCGACCCAAAAGCCGACACGAUGAAAUCCGCUUUCAGCCGGCAGACUUGCUCCUCGUCCUCCAGCCAGUCGCCGUUCUCCGUCUCCUCCGUUCGACAGAGCUCUAUCGCAGUUAUUCUCCCGUUGCGAGUGAUCACUCGCUUCGGCGAUUGGAAGGGAACGAACUCGCACUUCUCUACUCUCGCCAAGUCGAACUGAGCACAGACGAAGAGGUCAACGUACCGUCGUGAAACCGCGCGGCUUUAGAAAAUGAUCACCACCUCUUCAGGGACCGCUCGGAUAUUCGUGAACCCUUUCCUGAACACGACGUAAACCUUCUUGGCGCCGCAGCGCAGAGCGGAAGUGGCGCAAUCGAAGGCCGUGUCGCCAGCCCCGAGGACGACGACGGUUCCGUGGAGAGAAGGCAGCUGGGAGCUCUUGCACGCGCACAUUCCCGGCUUGCUGGCCUUCGCCACUCUCGGCAGGAAGCUCUUCGACGUGUAGAAUCCCAUUUCCUCGGUGAGAUCCGCGAAAAUCGGGAUGGUGUUCGCUUCCGGCAGACCGAUUCCCAGGAAGAUGGCUUUGUAGCCUUCAUCUUGCAGACCCUAAAAGGAUUUCGAUGCAUAAAAGAUCCUCGUACAAUAUUCCAGUACAAUUGAAGAAGUCUAUACCUGUAUACUCAAAUCGUUUUCCGAGAGUGCUCUGCUUAGUUCGAUCUUCACGCCUAAGUCUCUCGCUAAAUCGACUUCGAAGUUGACGACGUCGUACGGCAGACGGUACUGCGGGAUUUCCGAGGAACUCAACCCGCCGAUGUAAGACUGCUUCUCGAAGAUCGUGAUGUCAUUGUAACCUAAACGCGCGAGGAACGUGGCGCAGGACAGAGAGGCCGGGCCACAGCCGAUCAGCGCGAUCUUCGUGUCCGCGUGCGGAACCGUUUGCCCGGGGAUCCUCGUCUGCGGUAUGCGCAUCUGCUUGAAGAUCUGUGGGACCGCGUGGAAGAUUGUAAUCUAUUCGCGCGGGGAAACUAGAGCGAGGCAUCGUUAAACGCCUUACGUCCGUGGCGAACUGCUGGAGACCGCCGAUGUUAAUGGGCCCCUCCUCGGACGCGUGCAGGUUGCACCCGCCGACGCAUAGAUCGCUGGUCGGGCAGACCAUGCCGCACGUCAGGCCCAGGGGAUUGUCGGAGAGGAUCGCCUUCGCGGCGCCAUAGUAAUUCUUAUUCGAUAUCGAGGUGAUGAAGGAUUUGACGUCCAACUGCGUGGGACAAGACUUUUGGCAAGGCGCGUCGGUGCAUUUCAGGCAACGCGCCGCUUCUUUCAGCGCGCCGCGCUCGCUCAGCGUGGUAUGCUUGAUGUCGUCGAAGUUCUUCGUCAGCGGCGGGCAUCUCUGCAAGAAAAUACUGCGCUGUACCGAUGAUGCGCCGCGACGCGUGCGAAAUGAGCGAUCAGCGGGUUCUCGGAAGAUUCUAAUCGCGAUCGCGAACUUGAUACACGAUCUUACGCUGCAUUUCUCGUUGACGUUCCUCUUCCACUUCCUUUUGUUCUCCUUUGUGUACACCGAGGGGACCAAGUUCGCGUACGGCUUGAUCUUUGGAUUCAGAGACAGCAGGUUCUGUGGAAAAGUUUGUCGAUCAGAUUAAACGGCGGUCCUCGAUAGGUCUUUAACAAGUUCGGAUCUGUUACUCGCCUCGAUAUCGGCCACGUCUUUGCUGAGCACCGUUGCCGCUGCCAUAUCUUCCUCGGCGAGAUCGAAAUCGACGUAGUUGAAAGUCCGAUCGCGAGGAAUUCGUAAACAAUUCCGGAUAUUUCGGAUAGUCGCUGCGCGUGACGGCUGAAGCAACUCGCUUCGAGCUAUCGUGGACGACGAGUGACGUCCUCGGCUGUAUAGUUCCGAGCGGAGAAACUAAGAACGCCCCGCUCGUGUGAGUAAUUAACACGAACGAACUUUUACAUCGAGCGUCGCGAUAAGCGCGUCAUUUUUGCGUGGUGUGGGUCACGCGGCUCGCGGAGAGGGGGCGGAUAAGCGACGACUAGCAUCCCCUCCAUCUGUCACGCGCGCACGCCAAGUUUCUAUUAAUUUUUCCAUCGUAAUCGCUCUGUAAUGAUCUUGUAAACGGUCCGUGUGAAACGAAAGAAAGAAAUUUAUCAGGCACGAACUACAUUCGAAGAAACCAAGUCAAUAUCGUUCAUCCCUGAUAGAACUUAUCGCCGAUACGGAUCUGUGAUACUGUUAGAUGGUACGUUUCCGAUAAACGUAACGAGAACAGCGCGUAUCGGUCUCGUUGCCGAUGAUUUAAAUAAAUUGCGUUCCGCGCGUCGUACUUAGAAUUGAAUUAACGCACACGCGCCACGCUUGAAAAUAUGAAUUAAACUCGACGACCUUCAACCGGAACGUCUGCCGAUAUGCUUGACACUGCAAAAUUCAUCUGCAACAGCUUAUCGCGCAUCGAUUCGACGUUAAACUUUCAUAUCAAUGCAUUUCCUGUAAUCGAAGAUAAACGCACGCUGCCGGAGCAGUAUCUGUGAAGCAACGUUUGAUUAAACGCGGUUGCAAGGGGACAGCCGGCGUAAUUACAGAAUACAAGGAAGUCGUUCUGUAAUCUUGAGACCCCUAAACCGGGGUCCCGUAAUUCCAGGGGAAACUGAGACUAUCGAAGGUCUAACUGGUACUUAACAUUGAAUUCUGGUUCGCUGUCACGAGAUAUCAGUGUCGAACUGUAUUAGGGUAGAAAUAACAUCCCCGAAGGGAUGGACGAGUUCGAAAUGGAUGAAUCGAAGCGGAGGCACAUAGCACCCAACAAGCACUUGAACAAUAGCUUGUCGGUGCUUUAUUACAUGGGCAUGUGGCCCGAGCAGAGCAGAUACCGCUACCUGUACUCCGUGUACACCAUUUUCAGCGGCGUUUUUCUGUUAGGUAUUUUCCUCACGACUGAAAUCGCGUAUUUCAUCGUGAACUGGAAUGACAUGGCGAAGGUAGCUGCGAUUUCUACGGUUCUUAUGACUAAUGCUACUCACGCUUCUAAGGUAAUUAUUCUUGUCUAUCGGCAUAGUCGCAUACGAGAUCUGGUGAACGUGACGAGGAGCGAGAUGUUUAAUCGGGACAAUGUAAAGUAUGAACGAAUCGUAACGCAUUACACCUGGCAAGGAAUAUUUCAUCACAUCGCGUAUCAAACGUUCGGUGCGCUAGCUGUAACUGUAUGGGGGAUCACACCGGUCCUCGAUUACCUUACCGGAGGAUCGAAGCAUUACCCCGUAGAAGGAUUGUACCCUUAUAACGUAACGGCAACGCCAGCCUUCGAGAUUACUUGUUCGUAUCAAGCAGUAGCAAUUAUUUUAUGUUGUCUGAACAAUGUAGCGAUAGACACGCUGAUAACGGGCCUUAUCACGAUCGCCUGUUGCCAAUUGACGAUUUUAAAUCGUAACAUUUCAUCUCUGAAUAUCAAAACAGAUCAACAAUUGAUUACUUUGAAAGGUGACGCUAAUCCUGGGAAAUUUGCUACGCAACUUGACAACGAAUCGUAUAAAAAUUUGAAAAUCUGUAUCAAACAUAGUAAUAUGAUAUUCGAUUUCUCAAGAGAAAUACAAAAUAUUUUUGGUACCGCAAUAUUCUUCCAGUUUUUAGUGAAUUGUAUUAUUAUCUGCUUAAUAGCGUUCAAUAUGGCUCAGGUAUAUACUGUAAAGUACUUAUUUUUAGAAUUUUCGAACGAGCUCAAGUGUAUUCUGCAUUUAUUGUAUCCACAGAUGAAAGUUUAUAUUCCACAUAUUCUUUUUGGUAUGCUAAUGUAUAUGUGCUGUAUGACGUAUCAAAUUUUUAUAUAUUGUUGGCACGGUAAUGAGUUGUAUCUUCAUAGCUUAGACAUGAUUCUUGCCGCGUACUCGAACGAAUGGUGGCAAAAAACGGAGAAUUUUAAACGAGCCAUACAAAUUAUAAUGACAAGGGCACAACGGCCUCUGAUCUUAUCCGCUGGAAAUAUUAUGGAUAUCUCGUUGCAAAAUUUUGUUCGCGUAAGUAUCGUAUCCGUAGUGUUUCAAACAUUUUUAAACUCGUUCACAUUAUUUUGCAGAUUCUACGCAUGUCAUAUUCAAUUUUUACUGUUUUACAAACUUCGACGAACUCUUGAGUUGUUAUAUGCUUAAAAAACUUCCCUGUAGAAAGUUCAUAAAAACAAUAUAUUUUUGUGAAAUAGAAUAACAACAUUACAUUUUUUUAACAUUGUAUAUAAAAGAUAGAAAUAUAUUUUUUAACGUACUUCUUAUUGUGUAAUGCGUAUCAAAAAUAUAAACAAUAACGCAGUUUUCAUACUGUAUGUCUGCGUCGGAGUAAAUGAAUUUAAUUGCACAAUUCAUAUUUUUUGGCCCUAUUUAUCAUGAUUAAAGAGCUUCCACCAUUAAGGCUAUUCCUUGACCACCGCCAAUGCAAGCAGAGCCAAUUCCUAAUUUUCCGCCUUUUCGUCUUCUACAAAUUUUUAUAAUGAAAGUCGUAAUUGCUAUGAAACAUUGUAAAAUAUAUUAUAUAUAAAUAUAAGUGUACCUGAGCUCGUGUACCAAAUGUGCAGUAAUUCUACUACCAGAUGCACCUAAUGGAUGUCCAAGAGCAAUAGCACCACCAUCCACAUUUAAUUUAUUAAUGUCCAAGUUUAGAUCUUUAGCGCAAGAUAAUACUUGAGCUCCAAACGCUUCGUUAAUCUAGCAACACAAUGAAUUUAAUUAAUUAAAGCCUUAACAUUUAUAUCGAUAAAUAAAUAUGUAAAACACAUGUUAAAAAUGUUACUUCAACAAGUUCCACGUCAUCAAGCGUUUUGUUCGUGAUUUUAAGAAGUUGUCUAAUAGCUGGAGAAGGGCCAAAUCCCAUAAUGCUCGGAUCUACGCCAACAAUUGAGUAACCUAUUAAACGCGCGAGUGGUUUAAGUCCUUCUGUUUUAACGGCUUCUUCGCUAGCUAAAAUGACAGCUCCUGCGCCAUCGCAAAUACCCUGUAAAAUAUAUUUACGUAUUUAAAUAGUAAAAAAUAUAAUUAUAAGUUUGCAACUCAUUUAAAUAUAAUACUACAUACAGAUGCCGAACCUGCUGUAACCAGACCAUCUUUCUUGAAAACAGGCGACAACUUAGCUAGACUUUCAACAGUCGUUUUAGGACGUGGAUGCUCAUCUGUAUCAACAAGAACUUCCUGUUUCUUUGUCUUUACUGUUACAGGUGCAAUUUCUUCUUUGAAACGACCGGCGUCGUUAGCUGAAACGUUAAAAAUAUUUUUCUGAACUCCUUUACUUGGUACCCAGAUAGUGUAAUAAAUCUAGAUCUAAAAAGUGAUAUGUAUUAACCAGCUUUCCACAGUUGUUGACUUCUUAAAGCAAAUGCAUCUACUUCUUCUCUUUUCAAACCAAACUGUGCUCCAAGCUUUUCUGCAGUCAUGCCCAUGGGUAAAUUACAAUAAGUAUCUAAUAAUCCAAGCCACAGAGAAUCUUCAAACUCAUAUUUUUGCCCCAAAACAGUACCAAAACGAACAUUCCUUACUAUAAAAGGAGAUUGGCUCAUAUUAUCUGCACCUCCUGUUAAAACCACUUUAGACUCUCCUGUUAGAAUACUCUGAAAGUAAUUUAUAGACAUUUUUUGUGUAAAAAUUUACCAGUUCACUGUUUUCUUAACAGUCCUAUGUAAAAUAGAUUUUAUACCUGUGCCCCAGAUACUAUUGACUGAAAUCCAGAACCACAUAAUCUGUUGACUGCAAAGGCUGGUUUCUCUAUAGGAACUCCAGACUUCAAUGCUGUAUGCCUUGCCAGAAAACCUCCAUCACUGGAUGACAUCUUUAAAUGAAUGAUUACACGGAUAAUGGAAUAAAGAAAUACUUGAUUAUUCAUAAA